AUGAUAGAUGCUAUAGCAUGUAUUGGUUUGGGAUACAAAGGUCCUACGUUUCAUGCUUUGCGAACCAACUUAUUGGAGGAGUCAAAGAAAGAAUUGCAAUUACUUGUUGACACUUAUCAAAGUAGUUGGGAAGAUUAUGGAUGCACAAUAAUGGGAGAUGGUUGGAAAUAUAUUCGACAAAGAUCUUUGAUUAAUUUUCUUGUGUAUACUCCGAAAGGGAUAUCUUUCAUCAAAUCUGUUGAUGCAUCGGACCUAAUUUUUUAUGCUCAAACUCUUUGCAAUUUGUUUGCUGAGAUUGUGGAGAUUGUUGGUUGCCAAUAUGUUGUUCAUAUGAUCACAGAUAAUGCAGCUAAUUAUAAAGCUGCAGGAAGAUUGCUUAAUGAGAAGUAUCCCAAUAUCAUGUGGACACCUUGUGCAACUCAUUGUUUGAAUUUGAUGUUGAAGGAUAUUGCCAAAAUGCCACACAUAGAGAAUUUAGCACAGCGUGCCUCUUCUAAUACUGUUUUUGUGUAUAAUCACAAAUGGACUUUGGGUUGGUUAAGAAAUAUAAAAGGCUGGAUAGAGAUUCUUCGACUUGGUGAUACUCGUUUUGCCACAACUUUUAUUGAUUUGAAGAGUCUUCAUGAUCAUAAAUGUGAUUUGCAAGCUAUGAUUACUUCUAGAUACUUUCUUGUUGUCAAAAUUGUGUCUCCACUUGUACGAUUGCUACGCAUUGUGGAUUCUGAUGAAAGACCUUCUUUGGGUUAUGUUUAUAAAGGGAUGAUCAGAGCAAAUAAAGCUAUAAAGGAGACUUUUAAAUAUGUAAGAAGAUUGUAUCAACCUUAUAUCUCAAUUUUGGAAAAAAUAUGGGAGCGUCAAUUGUGGCAAGAUAUUCAUGCUGCUGCAUUUUGGAACUUCAACAAGAGCAACUCUCUAGAUCCUAUUGAUUAUGAGUGUAUUGACAAGAUUGAUUCUUGGGCUGUGGAGAAUGAGCCUUCAAGGGAACCCGAACUUAAUCUUGAUGAGUUUGAAAAUAUGGUUGCUCAACAAGAAGAAGGGCAAGAACAAAGAGGAGGACAAAAUGAAGAUACACCAAAUUGUGAUGAUGAGGAUGUGUUGGUGGUUCAAGAUGGAAUUAAUUUUUCAUCCUUUGAUAUCAACCAAGGGAAUGAGGGAGAUGAAAUUCAUGGAAAUGAUGAUAAUGAAUGA